AUGACUUUAGGAGAGAAGCGAUCUAUUUCACCGACUAGUCCGAGUCCCAGUUCACGUGAUUCUACUUUUCUGACUCUGCGUGGCCAUAAAACUCUGCUGAAAGUGAGGCGUCCAAAUGGUCAUUCUGACCGUUGGCUCUCGAUACAACCUUUUCUGAGGUGCAUUUCUCCCCGUCUGUGGUGCGGAAGUUGCGGCGAGUCGAUGUUGUUGAUGCGCAUGACUUGGGCUCGAGUCCCGUCCGAUGCGCCAAUGAGAGCCGGAGUAGCGCAAGCCUGCGGUCCGGUCGGUUCUGUGAUUCUUUCGAUGGACCGUUUAGACAACAGUUUCUGA